AUGAUUAAUAUUUAAGAAUAAGACUUUUCAAGGGAAAUAUAAUUCAACAAUGAUAAUGAUGUUUUCCGUCCAUUUCGCCAUUCCCCUAUCACCAAAUAACUAGAUAUGUAUUAAUAAGAAAAAUCAGAUAUUCUUGAUAUAUCUGCUUCAAUGCAAGACUUUUCUAAUCAGCAGGUAGCGGAAGAAAGAAAAAAAUAAACCAGAAAAACUUCUUUUAAAAUAUUUGGUUUAUUGAAAGUAGACAAAUUGGUUUAAGUAUUUAAAGAACGACUUAUGAGGAAAGCUUAUGUAUACAAUAAUUAAAGUCGAUAAAUUACAGAAAAAUUUAUCAUAGAAAAAUAUUUACUUAAGUAACUUAUUUUUAAGUACCUAUAAAUAGAUAGCCUUUUAUUUUUAGCAAAUAUUUGCAUUUAAAAAAAUGCUAAAUAUCAGUAUUUGAUUAAAGCAGCAUGCUUAUUACAUUUUGGGAGUUAAUUCGUACUCUAUCACUUAUUUUGAUUUUAUGGAUUUAUCCAUUUGUAUGGAGUUUUGAAAUUGGUCAAGAAGAUAGUUUUUAAUUUGUAAUUCUUUAUACUUUAAUAUAUUUUUCAUUAGAUAUUUUGCUUAGAUUAAAUACAUAAAUAGCAAUUUAAGGGAACGUAAUUAAUGUGUUUAUAAAAAUAGAUAAUCAAUGAUCGAUUUUUAAUUUUGAAGUAAUAUUUUAAGAAUGAUUUAAUAUUGGAUUUUUUACUCAUAUUUUCAGUUAUAAUCCUUAGUACAUCUAUUCCUGAUAGUGAAGAUUAUGAAGAUGUUUUUAUUGCUACAAUAUUUUUAUGCUUAUGUUGUCUUGUAAGUUAUUCAAAAUUGAGUGAGUAAAUAGGAAAGUUGUAAUAAUAAACUCAUAUAAAUUAAAUAUAUAGAGAAUAUCUAAAUUUGAUUACAUUAUUAUUUUCUAUAAGUUUAUUUGCACAUUUAUUGGCUUGUAUCUGGCAUUUUGUUGGUUCUCAUAGUGGAUAAUCAUUAAGUUCAAGUUGGCUUAUUGAAAAGGGAAUUGAUUAAUAAACUAUACUAAUAAAAUAUUGUUAUUCUUAUUAUUGGGCAACAGUUACAAUGAUAACUGUUGGAUAUGGAGAUAUUACACCAUAAAAUUAUAUUGAGACAAUAAUUUGUAUAAUUUUAAUGUUCAUGGCUUGUGGUGUUUUUGCUUUUUCAAUAAAUAAAAUUGGAUCCAUUUUAUCUACAAUAAAUGAUCAAAAAUCACAAUUUAUGUAAUUUAAUUUUCUUUAUUAAUCUAAGAUUCAAUCUACAUGCGAUUACAAAAUAUAUGAGAUAACAUAAUAUUCCAUUAUCAUUGCAAGAUAGAGUAAGAAGUUAUCUUUAAUAUAUGUAAAGUGAAUCAAUAAAUUAGAAUAAUGAACAAGUAUUUAAUAUUAUAAUUUUUAGAUUGCUUCUAUUAAAAAUUAAUUAUCAGUAGAAUUAAAAAAUGAAUUAAUGUAUAUGGUAUUUAAACAUGUAAUUUAAAAUUGUAAGCUCCUUCUUAAUAAUUUUUCAGAAACUAGUUUGAAAGAAAUCUCAAAAAAAAUAAAACCUUAUAAAUAUUGUCCAGAUGAAAUAAUUUAUUCUUAAGAUAGUUUUUAAGAUAUUUCCUUAUAUUUUAUAGAUUAUGGCCAAAUUAAAUUAAUUGAAACAAAAUCAUAGACUUAAUUAACUAUUUUGAAUCCAGGAGAACAAUUUGGAGAAAUUGAAUUUUUUACUUAAGUAUCCAGAAAAUUGACUGCUGUUAGUAUUGGAUUUACAAAAGUUUAUAAAAUUAAUCGAUAAGAUUUUAUAAAUAGUCUUGAUAAGGAAGAUUUUGAAAAGUUUUAUGAAAUCAAAGAUAAACAAUUAUAAAAUUUAUCAAUAGAAGGAACUACUUGCCGUGCUUGUAAUUCAGAUAAUCAUUAAAUAAUGGAUUGUUCAUAUUUAUUUUAUAAACCAGAUAUUGAGAAAUUAAUUUUAAAUUAUAAUAGGGCUAAAAAUUUAAAUAGAAAGAGGUGCGUAAGAACUUAGCAUAAAACCAAUUCCCUUAAAGAUAUUAAAGUAAUAUAUGAGUUUUUAUUUAAGGGCAUACAAAAUUAGCAGAAACUAUAUUAUACACAUCAUUUUUUAGAAGAUAAAAAUGGUACAUAUGUUUCUGUAGAUUAAGAUGGGACUCAUCAUCAAUCAAUAACAUAAGAACAUAUUUAAAGCUUUGAUGCUCCUUCAUAAGAAAUAUCUAUGAAUUUAAAUUAAUAAUAGGAUAAUCUAUUUCCUCCAUCUUAAAUAAAAAUAUAAUAGUAAAAAUAGAAUGAAAAUACCAAAACUGUUUAAUUGGCUUUACAACCAAAUUAAAUUUAGACUUCUAUAAAGGAUAUAUAACUAAGAUCAAAUAAAUACGUGAGAGAAAAGUCUUAAAAAUCACCAACUCACUUUUUGCAGUAUACCUUAAAUAGCUCAAAUAAUGGAGCCUUAUAUUUUGAUAAAGUUUGUGAAUUUUAACAUUAUUUUCCAAACUUUAAUAGUUAAGAAGUAUUAUUAGAUUAUAACAAAAAUAAAAAACAAUUCAAAAGAACAAAUAAAAAAUAAAGAUGCAAUGACUUCAAGUAUUCUAUCAUUUAAGCAUCAGCUUAAAAAAGGAUUCUUUUGCAAUGA